AUGCCUCGUCUGAAAAGGAACCGGAAAUCGGAUAAACAGAGGCAGGCUGAUGAUCGCUUAAGGAAACGGCUUAGUAUACCACAACUGCUGUCAGUGUCACAUCUACAAAAGAUGCAAAGGGAAAAACAAGUGUUACUAAUAAAAUUACGACACAUCAUCAGCCUAAACAGACCAGUCAACCAAGUGUCACCACUACACUCCAGCAGUCCUGAAAGUUUGCUACAGCUUGUGGGCGAUUCCAGUACAGAAAUACCAGAUGCUGUGAUAACUGCCGCGCUACAGUUGUUGAUAGCCCAUCAGCCUACUGGGCACAGGUGUUAUAUUGGAUACUACAUGCCAGCACAGAUACAUUUAUUUACCAUAAAUCAACAACAUGGUGCAAUGAUGAAUGUUCCAACCAUUCCGUUAGAUCAGGACUCCAUUAAUAUACAUCCACUGACAAAUCACUGGGUCACAUCAUUCUUCAGUGUUAAUUUGAAUCAGCUGUUUGUGUAUGACUCUCUUAUGUCAGAUUCACAUAGAAAACAAGUGUGCCAACAACUAACUAUAUUGUAUGGGCAAGAGGUGGCAUCUCAAAUGAAAUACUCUUACGUUACCCAGCAAUCUGUGUACCCAAUAUGUGGAGUGAUGGCCAUUGCCUUCGCGUUUAGUUGCUUCCUUGGACAUAAACCUUCAACUCAACGUUAUAAUAUUCAUACAGCUCGAGCACACUUAAGACAAUGCAUUUUAAAUGGUGAAGUGAAAUGUUUCCCACUUCAAAAUGUGGAAACUACUGAUGAUUGGCUUAGCAAUUACAUGAAAGACCAAACAGUGAGACAGAAACAAACACUUAAGAAACAAAAUUUACAAAGGAAGUGUGACAGUGUCAGUGCAGUGAUGAAUAACAGGAAGAUAUUUGAAGCACAAAGAAAGGCAAAUUAUAGGAAAAGAAAAAACACAGAGAUGUCAGUGGAAGAGUUGAAGGCAGGGAAAUUAAUUGAACAGAACAGAAUCAAGAAAUUUCGUCACAAUAACAGACUACAAUUAACUGAAGAAGAAAUCCAGUUGGAGAAAAUGUGUGAACAACAACGACUUAAGAAGCUAAGGCAAAAAAAAAGGUCCACAGUAGAAGAAGUUCAUAAACAAAAAGUGAAUGAACGUGAAAGGCUCAAGAAACUCAGAGACACAUUACGGUCAAAGUCAACGGACCAAGAAGUUCAUAAACAAAAAGUGAAUCAACGUGAAAGGCGGAAGAAACUCAGAGACACAUUACGGUCAAAGUCAACGGACCAAGAAGUUCAUAAACAAAAAGUGAAUCAACGUGAAAGGCGGAAGAAACUCAGAGACACAUUACGGUCAAAGUCAACGGACCAAGAAGUUCAUAAACAAAAAGUGAAUCAACGUGAAAGGCGGAAGAAACUCAGAGACACAUUACGGUCAAAGUCAACGGACCAAGAAGUUCAUAAACAAAAAGUAAAUGAACGUGAAAGGCUCAAGAGACUACGAAAACAGAGGAUAUCCAUGAGAACAGCAGAAGAAAAUGAACAAGAAAUUUUAAAAUCUAGAGAAAGAGUUAAAACACAUAGAAAGAAAACAAGACAGUUUGCCUGUCCAGAACUCUUAAAAAAACAAAGGUCAGUUAACAACUAUCGUAAAAGCACAAAACGUCAUCAACAAAAUGUGCAAACAGCAAUUAAAAAGUUUAAGAACAACAUCAGAGACUAUGCUAAAUAUGUGUGUACAUGCUGCAACAGAUUAAUGUACCGUAGAAGUGUCCUUCAUGUAAACGCUUCUUCCUUUCCAAAUAUAACAGAAGAGUUGCGCAAGAAAUGUUUAAGGGGGAAAAAAUCAGCUCAUGGGUUUGAAUGGAUUUGUCUCACAUGUAGAUCUUACUUGAAGAAGCAACGUUUACCCCUGCAAGCACAAGCCAACAAUCUUGAGGUUCCUGCUGCUCCACCUGUACUAAGUGAACUAAGUUCCCUGGAAGUCAGACUGUUGUGUAAGAGAUAUCCAUUCAUGAAAUUGGUAGCAUUACCUAAAGGUAGACAAAGUGGCAUUAAAGGAUCAGUUGUGAAUGUACCAGUUAAUUGUGAACAGGUCUGUUCAACUUUACCAAGGACACCUGGUACAGCUGGUAUAAUACCACUCAAGUUGAAAAGAAAACAGCAGUACAAAGGCUAUGUAAAGUUCCAAUACAUCAGACCUGAAAAAAUAAUGCUAGCAUUAAGAUGGCUUCAGAAGCAUAAUGUUCAUUACAAAAAUAUUGAAGAAAAUAGUUCAUGGCUGGAUGACACUCUGAAUGAGGAUCAAGACACAUUCAAUGAGCUGAUAAAAGAUAAACCCACACUUGAAGAUGAUGAUACAGAUACAAGUCAAAUCAUCAUGCAGACAAAUGACAAUGAAAAAGUCAGUUCAUCGUCACAUACUCAAGUUGUUUCCAGUUCAGACAGUGACAGUGAUAUUGAGAAUGCCAAUGACCCAGGCGAUACUCUAAGAGGGCUUCAUUAUGAUACGUGUGUGCAGUCUGUAAAUCCAAACCUGGAUGUUGACAAAAUUCUUAGCAUUGCACCUGGAGAAAACAAAAUACCAAUGAGCAUUCUGAUGGACACAAAUUUUGAAGAAAUGUCAUUCCCAAGCUUAUUUCCAACAGGACAGUUUGGUUUUAGAGCAGAAAGACCUGUGAAACUCACAGCAAAGAAAUAUUUCCAGGAGCGCCUUUUGGAUGCCAGCACAAUCUUUGCAAGAGACGUAGAGUACUUGUUUGUUGCUCAAACUAUUAUUGAAAGACAACAAAUCCAAGAUAGUAUGUCUGUGGCAUUGAGGAAAACAUACACAGCUGAUGAAAACGAGCAGUUAACUGCAUCAAUUGUAAGAGACACUUCACUGGUAAAAAAAUACCUAUUAAAGGACCAAGCCUACCGUUACUUACAGCCUGUUAGAGGUAGCCCACCGUACUGGCAGAAAGUACAACUUAAACUACUAUCAGCAAUAAAGCAAUUUGGAAUCUUUACAUGGUUUUUCACACUGUCAGCAGCUGAUCUUAGAUGGUAUGACACAAUACAAGAGAUACUAUCACAGAAAGGUAUUGAGAAGACAGAGGCUGCUAUUGAUGCAAUGACAUGGGAGCAAAAAUGUGAUAUAUUGAGAUCAAAUCCAGUUUCAGCUGCAAGACAUUUCCAGUUCCGGCUAGACCUGUUUAUGAAAGAUAUGAUCUUAUCAGAUUCUCAACCAUUGGGACAUGUUCGCCAUUUUUUCUACAGAAUCGAGUUCCAGCAGCGAGGCUCCCCACACGCACAUGGGGUUCUCUGGAUAGAUGACGCCCCAGAUGUGGAACACAGCAAACCUGAAGACGUCUCUGAGUUUAUUGACAAAUAUGUACAAUGUUCUCUGCCGGCUGGAAAUGAGGAUCCAGAACUCUUUGCUCUAGUGAAUCAAGUACAGAGACAUUCACACACCGCAUCGUGCAGGAAAUCUGGAAAGCAGUGUAGAUUUGGAUUUCCUCGGCCAUUGUCUUCAAAGACAAUACUGUCCAAACCUCCAGAUUUGAGUGAGACCUUACCGCAUCUCAUCCCUGUACUGAGACAAAAGAAUUUAAAAAUAGCUGGGGUUGUUAAUGAGUUUUUGGAAAAAACUGAAAACUUGGAGAACAUGACCUAUGAAGAAGUUCUCAAAGCCUGCCAAUUACCAGCAAAUGUCUAUCAGGAAGCACUAUCCAAAUCUGCUUCAUCACCAAAAGUAUACCUCAAGCGUGAUCCAAAUUCAGUGAACAUCAACAAUUACAAUGCAUCAUUGCUGUCUGCCUGGCAAGCCAAUUUAGAUGUCCAGUUUGUAACAGACCCCUAUGCAUGUAUACAAUACGUUGUAUCGUACAUUACCAAGGAUGAGAGAGAGAUGGGUUCUUUGUUGCAUGCUGUUGCCAAAGAGUCUGCCCAGGAUACUAUAAAGGAGCAAAUGAAAAAAUGUGGGCAGGCGUUCCUGAAUUCCAGAUCUGUAACGGCACAGGAGGCAGCAAACAGGGCCCUUGGCUUACCACUGUACAAGUCCAACUUCUCCACUGUCUGGAUACCUACUGGCCUGCCAUCACAGAGAAUUAGCCUUUUGAAACCAUCAUAUGUACUCCAACGCCUAGAUGACAUGGACAAUGAUGUAUUUGUAUGUGGCAUUGCUGACAAAUACAGUAAGAGACCUGGUGUUCUGGAAAUGUGGUGUUUGGCUCAGUUCGCUACCUGGUAUGAACCAACACAAAAAGACAAAGUACAGAGUGACUUUCAGCCCGACAUACUCACAGACCAUUACAACAUUGGAGAAAAUGCUGUUGACACUUCUGUGGAAGAUGCCCCCAAGGUCAUCAAAGUACAGUUACCAUCUUCAGUUUGUGUCAUGCGAAAAAGGAAGAAACAGUGUGUGAUAAGAUUCCAUAAAUUUUCUCAAGAAAAGCAACCCGAGUCACAUUACCAUUCUCAGCUGUACCUUUUCCUACCAUGGAGGAAUGAAAUUGAAGACUUGCAGGACAGAUAUGACAGCUACGAGGAAAGUUACAAUAACCAUAAACUUACCAUUGAAAAAUGUAGGUCUACCUUAUUCAGACAUGAAAAACUUGUUGAAGCUGCAUUUGAACAAUUGCAAGCUGAGGAUCAACCCAGAGAGGCAUGGAAUCAGUUGGCAGCUGAAAAUCAGCAGGAAGAAUAUGAUGCAGAAGAUGAGGGUGUGGCUUUAGAUGAAGACCAUGCAAUAUUACACCCAGGUGACCAGGAAAACCUUAGUGUGAAUAUAUCAACACCGGCAAAAGACUGCGUUCAGGGACUAGCGAUAGAGUCUAUGACAUCUGUUCUACCGUACAAUGACUAUUGCAGGCAUGUAAGAACCCUCAAUACUGAACAGUAUCAAGUGUUUCAGGUUAUCCUCAACUGGUGUGUUAGAUACAUGCAGAGUGUAAACAACACAACUGUCCAAAAACCAGAUCCAAUACAUUUGUUCAUCUCGGGUGGAGCUGGGACAGGAAAGUCCCACUUGAUAUCGGCAUUGUAUCAAACAAUUGAGUUAAACCUACGCAAAGAAGGCGACACUCCGGAUUGCCCAAAGGUACUACUACUUGCCCCUACUGGUACAGCAGCCUUCAACAUACAAGGUGCUACAAUACACGCGGCGCUUCUUUUCUCCUUACUACAGCAAUCUGCAUCCAGAAAGUCUUCUUCAGCCACAACCCAUCCAUUGUCAGAUGACAAAAGAAACACAUUAAGGGUGAAAAUGUCUCAACUUAAAUUCAUAAUUAUUGAUGAAAUAUCAAUGGUUGCCAGUGACUUUUUUGUGGAGAUACACAAGAGGUUGACAGAAAUAUUUGCUGUUGAAGACAUAUUUGGUGGUCUGUCAAUAAUUACUGUAGGAGACAUGUAUCAGUUACCACCUGUUGCUGCACGAUUUAUUUUUGAGCCACCCAGGAAUGCUUUUGCAGCUUUAUGUCCCUAA